AUGGAUCGCGCACUCGAUGAGAUUGUCGCCGAACGCCAGAGAGGCGGUGGCCGUUCCCGUGGUGGACGUCGCGGCGGACCUAGACAAGGACGAGAACGCACUGAAUAUCCUCGUGACGGCGUAAGAAAGUCGACUCGAGAGGACAACAGGAAUAUUGACUCAGAAUGGGUUCACGACAAGUUUGACAAUGACACCGGACGCCGAACAGCUCGUGCCGAACGAAGAUACACCCCGGAACAGCAAUACGACGCACCGUCAAGCAAGCUUCGUGUCGAGAACAUUCACUACGAUCUGACGGAGGAAGAUUUGGAUGACCUCUUCAAUCGCAUUGGCCCGGUCCUGAAGCUCUCCUUGACGUACGAUCGUGCUGGCCGCUCUGAAGGUAUCGCGUAUGUGACGUAUGAAUCCGCCCAGGACGCAAAGGCAGCAGUUCGAGAAUUUGAUGGAGCAAAUGCGAAGGGUCAACAAAUUCGCCUGAUUCCUAUCCCAUCUGGCCCGUCUGGCGGACGUCGUGCUCCUCCACCCUCCCGCUCCCUAUUCGAUCGAAUUACCCCCGCACAUCGAUCCCGAUCAGACUCACCUAUCCGUCAUUCCGAUGUCAGCGGCCCGGCUCCAACUAAUGUCGAUCGCUAUGUUCCAGGCGGUACACGCAGCCGAUCCCGCAGUCCUCGUCCACGCAGAAGGGAUGGCCGACGACCAGGUGCGCGCAGAGAGCGAGGAGAGAGAACUGGAGGCGGACGUGGUGGCGGUGGGGCUGGAGAGCGUGUUGCGAGAGAUGGCAGACCUCGUAAGACACAGGAGGAACUGGAUGCCGAGAUGGAGGAUUACUGGGGACAGAAGGAGAAUGGCACUGGUACAGAUGCUCCCGCUGCCGAAGCUGCCCCCAAUGGAGACGACAUCGACAUGAUUGAGUGA